AUGGAAAAGGAUGAUUAUUAUAAAUCUUCUGAAAAGUAUGAAAUAUGCACGAGUUUUGAAAAUAUAGGAAUUGAUGAAGGUUUAUUAAGAGGAAUUUAUGCAUAUGGAUUUGAAAAACCAUCAGCAAUUCAGCAAAGAGGUAUAAAACCAAUUUUAAGUGGAAGAGAUGUUAUUUUACAGAGUCAAAGUGGAACAGGGAAGACGUGUGUUUUUGCAUUGGGUGCUUUGAAUUGUGUUAACAGAAAUUUAAAUGAAACACAAGUAAUUAUUUUAUCCCCAACUAGAGAAUUAGCAGAACAAACACAGAAAGUAUGUUUAGCUUUAGCUGAUUAUAUUCAUGUAACUAUUUAUUGUUGUAUUGGAGGAAAAAAAAUUAGUGAUGAUAUAAAAGCAUUAAAUAAUGGUGUUCAUAUUAUUAGUGGAACUCCAGGAAGAAUAUACCAUAUGCUUAAUUUAAGACAUUUAAAGUGCAAAUAUAUUAAACAGUUAGUUAUAGAUGAAGCAGAUGAAAUGUUAAAUAAAGGAUUUAAAGAACAAGUGUAUGAUAUUUAUAGAUUUUUAUCUCCCAAUACUCAGAUUAUAUUAUCCUCAGCUACUUUACCACAAGAAGUAUUAGAAAUAACUAAUAAAUUUAUGCAUAAACCUGUGAAAAUUUUAGUUAAAAGAGAUGAAUUAACUUUAGAAGGUAUUAAACAAUUUUUUGUAUCAAUUGAAAAAGAACAAUGGAAAUAUGAAACCUUGGCAGAUUUAUAUGAAAGUUUAACUAUUACACAGGCUGUCGUAUUUUGCAAUACUAAACUAAAAGUAGAUUGGUUAACAAAAAAAAUGCUAGAAUCAAAUUUUACUGUGUGUAAAAUGCAUGCAGGAAUGAGUCAAAGUGAAAGAGAUGAUAUUAUGUUGAAAUUUAGACAAUGUAAAUUUCGCGUUUUAAUAUCGACAGAUAUAUGGGGAAGAGGUUUAGAUGUACAAGAAGUUUCAUUAGUUGUUAAUUAUGAUUUACCGAAUUCAAGAGAAAGUUAUAUUCACAGAAUUGGUAGAAGUGGAAGAUUUGGAAGAAAAGGGGUUGCUAUUAAUUUUGUAAAAAAUGAUGAUAUAAAAAUUUUAAGAGAUAUUGAACAAUAUUAUUCCACGCAGAUUGAUGAAAUGCCUAUGAACAUAACAGAAUUACUGUAA